AUGUUCAAGAAAACCGUCACUGUUGCCUUGUUGCUGGCUGUACUGCAGUCAGGUUGCUCAUCAAGACUUCCUUCUGAAGCCUGCAACCCAAAUGCAGCUUGCAAUAGAAUGUACAGGCCUGUUUGUGGAACUGACGGAGUUACUUACCCUAACCAGUGCGUCUUUGAAUCUAAGACAUGUGGUGGAGAGGUGAAUGUCGCACACGAUGGUGAGUGUGAAACCACGCCGACUGUUGCAUGUGACCCAAAUGCGCUUUGUACAUUUAUCUACCUGCCUGUAUGUGGAACUGACGGAGUCACCUACCCCAACCAGUGCAUCUUUAAAUCUAAGACAUGUGGUGGAGAGGUGAAUGUCGCACACGAUGGUGAGUGUGAAACCACGCCGACUGUUGCAUGUGACCCAAAUGCGGUUUGUACAUUUAUCUACCUGCCUGUAUGUGGAACUGACGGAGUCACCUACCCCAACCAGUGCAUCUUUAAAUCUAAGACAUGUGGUGGAGAGGUGAAUGUCGCACACGAUGGUGAGUGUGAAACCACGCCGACUGUUGCAUGUGACCCAAAUGCGGUUUGUACAUUUAUCUACCAGCCUGUAUGUGGAACUGACGGAGUCACAUACCCCAACGAGUGCAUCUUUAAAUCUAAGACAUGUGGUAGAGAGGUGAAUGUAGCACACGAUGGUGAGUGUGAAACCACGCCGACUGUUGCAUGUGACCCAAAUGCGCCUUGUACAUUUAUCUACCAGCCUGUUUGUGGAACUAACGGAGUCACCUACCCCAACCAGUGCAGCCUGGAAACUCAAACCUGUGGCCAAGGCGUUACGGUAGAACGCCAAGGAGCAUGUUAA